AUCUUAUAGUGCAUUAUAGUACGCGUGAAAAACAAUUAUUUUACUGUUCAUUCGUCGUUCAACUUCGGUUCCAAAUAACCGUACAGCUAUAUUAUUACAAAGUACUCGAUUGAAUUUUCAUUUAUUGUUUUAAAAACACUUCAAAGUAUGCAUUUCAAGAGCGCCCUUAUUGUUUGCGCGGUGUCUUUUCUAACGUCGGCAUGGAGCGCCGGACUGGACAGGGAACAAUUAGAAUCGUUGGCUAAACUGUUUGAAGGUCCCAAAAACGGCAAGCACCUAGUUAACGAGAAGCAAAUCGCACAAUUCGUGCACGAAUCCUUUGGAAUGAACUAUAAUAAUCAUGACACAUUUUAUGAACACGAAUCAAAUGAGUUCGAUUCUUUGAUUUUACAAUAUUUAUUGAUUCCUUUGGCGGAAUACAACAAGAAAGGCUCCGACAAAAAUCAAGGAAAAAGACUCACGCCUUAUGAAGUAAGAUUUUUCCUGGAGCAGUUCAGUCUACUCACCCAAAUUAAUAGCCAACCGGGAUAUCUUACUCUUAAACAGCUAUCAAAAGCAGAAUAUUUGAAAACAAUGAAUGAUGCAUUCAACGCAAAAUUAGAACAACUUAUAGCCGAAAAAGGCGACGAACAUGUAAUGAACGCGGUGGAUUUCUUAUUGGUCAUAUUGGAAAUCAAACCAAAAGGCCGUGGUCUGACCCUAAAGCAAGUAAAAGAUUUUGGCAGCUUGUACGUAGAAGACCAGAGUGGAACCGGAAGCAUCGAUUUUCUUAAAUGUAAAGAAGUGUUCAAAGAGCUUGGUAUAUCUACCACGGAAGACAAAUUGGAACAGAUAUUCGAAUCCGACGGACCCGCUGGAAGAAUUUUGAUGAAUUUAAUUGUCGCUGCGGCAGAACGCAAUAUGGCGGUUAAGGACACUGAAUUGAGAGUAUUCACUCUAUGCGAGAUCUUUGCUAUCAUAUCUGACUUUAUUGAGCUCGACGUUGACGAAGACGGUGUACUUUCCCCUGAUGAGUACGCCGAAUUCGUGGAAGAGUCAUACAAUGACUUGAGGACAAUCUCAAGACCUAUCGAUGAACCGAAACGUAUUUUAAAGAAAUUCGAAGAUAACAAUAAAAUGAUGAACAUUGCGGAUUACAUGAGAAUUCUGUAUUUCACUACACUACAUGACGGAAUAUGUCCUUUUGCCAAUAAAUUUUAGCACCGUUGAAGAUAACUAACAAGCUUUGACAAUAUUGAUGAUACAUGUUUAGUAACCAUAAUGAUAAUAAUAAUAUUUUAAACAUUUUUAUGUAUUUAUCAAUUGAAAUAUUACACUCCUCGGUGUCUAAUAUAAAAAACAUUAUUAUCUUAUUUCUAUUAAAAAUUACAAAAAAAAACUAAAUGUUUACUGUAAUACUGUAAUUGUACUGGAAUGUUAUUGUUUUUAUUUAAUUAAAAACUUUAUUAUAUUUUAUUACAAUACAUUUUUUACCGUAAAUAUUUUGAAUCAUGGGCUAGAUAAAUCCGAAGUGUUCCGGAUUUUCGGAUUUCAACAAAUCUGAAGUCCAAAAGCAGUUUAUCUUUUAGGUGUUUAGUUUUAUUUUUAUAUAUUUAUCAAAAAAAAUGUUCUUAGGUACACAGCUUUAUAUUGUAAAACUUUUUAACACUUAUAUGAUUUUAAAAUAGCUAAAAUACCGUUUUUUUUUGUGAAAAUUCGGAUUUUCGGAUUCCCAUCACUACUCUCGACUUCCCACAACAUUGAAUGGUUUUAAUUUAAUUUAAUUAUUUUCUUUAUCUUCAUAUAUACUGCAUCAUAGUGGUGUUAUCGGGUUUUUUUUAAAUGGUAUUUAGUUUCUACGGUAUAGCCUUGGUAUGAUAGGGAAGUUUUCUCAAAAAUAGCUCGGUAGCCAACGUGUUAAUGUAUUAAUAAAAAAUAAACUUAGUCAUUAUUAAAAAUUAAACAUUGUAUACUAAUAAAAAUAGUCAUGAGUAAAA